GAAUCAAAUUGUAUUCAUUUCUUUUUUUAUUUUAUUUGUCAUUACCAGUUGGGAUAUUUACUUUCAUUCUUUUUCCCUUUUUUCUCUAUCUCUAUAUCUGUUUUUAUUUCCAUGUCCCCUAUACCCACAUUGACAGUGUCUACCGAUACCCCUUUUGUCACAGGUGCUACCACCACCACCACCACCACCACCGAAGAUGAACACUCGUCUUCAUCUCUGGCUUCGCUAAAGAGAUCCCGACAUACUCUACCAAAGAUUCGACCGCCUCUCAGUAAAACUCGCUCAAGUAUGGGCACGACCGGUUCAACACGUCCGAAACUGCAAACUGUCCAAAGUUCGGAUGCCUCACGAUUCAUGACAAUGGAACGAUUCCAAACAUAUCAUAAUACCAUGCGCAUGUUCAAAAAGCCUGCAGUUUCUCCCACAAAGGCAGACGACAGCCCAACUAAUUCAACCCAGCGUCAGCUCACAGUGGAACCAGCCGUCUUUCCAGAGCCUUGCAUGUUCAAUGGCGAACGAGGAGGAGGAGGCAGCAGCAGCAAUAACAAUUAUAACAGCGGACAUCAAAGCGAUGUGAAGAGUAUUCGAAGUGUGCGCUCGGGGAGUGAAUCCACACAGUCGCGUAAAAAGCGCACCAAAUCCCGCGUUCAUGCAGGUUCCACUUUUAUUUCACCCACUGAUAUUUUCGCGCAAAAUCUGAGCGAGGCAGUCAUGGAGGCCGAUGAUUCAGAUGACGAAGUGUUUGUUUAUCGCGAUAACCAAUCAACGCUGUAUACCCCUUCUUACCACUGGGUUUCAGACUCCACACUCAAAGAGACAGGCGAUGAAUCUGCCUGUAGAAAGACAAUCAAUAAAUGGAAUAUCGCUCGCACACCGAUGGCCUCACGACGUCGGCCGGUACUCCGGUCAGCAAUAUCCGAAUUGCCGCCUUCAGGUGGAAAUCCGUUUUAUUUGUCUACAAAAUCACGAUGUCAUUCUCACAGCCACGAUUGGUAUCCAAGCGACGCUGACGAAGAAAGUACACCACUGAUGCGUCGAAAACGCACCCGACGUUCCAAAAAGUCAAAACGCAACACAAAAAUAUAUGUAUGGAUUGCAUUAAGCGGCUGCGUUUUAUUGGGCGUCAUUUCAGCCAUUUUCAUCUUUCUGGCGACGCCCUUGGUGGCGGUGGAAGUGGCAAAUAUCAAUAAUGUAUUGGGAACCCAAAAACAAUUAAUAUUCGAUCUCCAAGUCAAAGCAAGGAACAACAACUGGUGGGCUAUUCAUGCAUCCGAGACUGCCUUUAGCGUUUUCGCUUCGAGUCAAUAUGUGCCCCUAUUAACGUCCAACAAUGAAUUGCCAUUGCCAGUUAUGCAGGAUACCAAUCCUCAAUCGAAUCCCAUCGAGUUUCUGGGGACCAUUUAUCGCCUUGAAGAGCCACUUAUUUUUCAGGCCGCACGAUGGUUGGAAAGAGGCCCUUUGAGUUAUGCCACCAGUCAAAUUCAAAUAAAAAAUCCAGGUGCCAUUCACAACGAUUACAGUGGGAAUGAACGCUGGUCACUGCUGAUUAGAUAUCCGUAUGAGCUCACGGUUCGAGGCAUUCUCAAAUAUCGCUUAUUCCCGCUUUUACCAUAUAUGCAUUCAGUCCAUGUCUGUCAAAUGUCACGUAUCGAUCCAGCCACAGGAAAAAUUUCAACGAUUGCACAGGACAAGCAAGCGCUUUGUGAUGAGUCUGUAUCGACUCGACAUUCAUUGAAUUCCUUAUUCGGUUCAAAGAUGGAAUGAUUCACUUUCGCCAACGCUCUUGCCAUUCGACAGACACCUUUCCUCGCGGCUAGCUUACCUCUAGUCUAUCACCAAAAAAGAAAACGUUAUGUACAUACAACGAUAUCCAUUCCAAAGGACCAAAGAUGAUGAUGUAUCCGUGUAUUUUUUCAUGUAAAUUGUGUAAAUUUUGUCUUGAUUUGUUGGGUGUGUAGAAAAGUUUUGAAAACGUGUAGAUGGAUGUGUGCAUAUGAAAAUAAGUUUGCGUGAUGGUUAUCUUUUUCUUUUUUUUCUUUUUUUUUUUUUUUUGCUGAUUAAAAUUACUCUUUGCCUGAUAGUUUGACCUUUUUCUUUU